AUGUCCCAAUCCGACCAUUACCAAUAUCCGGACGCUUAUGGCAACGUGAGCCCUGUCCAUUCGCAACCUCAACAGCCAUUCUACGACCCUUACGAGCCGCAGCAAGCAUACAAAUCGGUCCCGCUCUCCCAUACCGACAACUACCCGGAACAUGCCCACAACACUUACGAGACUCACCCUACCGACAUGUCUGAAGCGAACCACUACCAACGGCCGUUGAGUGCGGCGUCCGGUGUUGCAGUCGGUGCGGCUGCUACCUCGGGCACCUACUGGUCGCCUCACGGCGGCGAGCGAUCACCUGGCUCGCAUCUCGACGAGGCGGCAUGGGAGGGAGGAUACGACGAGAACAAGCCUUUCCUGCAACGGAAACGGACCAUUAUUGGCCUCGUCCUGCUUGCUCUCGUCGGGUUGGGGGUCGCAUUGGGCGUUGGACUUGGGGUUGGACUCAAAAAAAACUCGUCGGCGACGCAGAGCGACGAAGCUAGAUUAAGCUCGAUCGCAAGUGCAUCGAGCAAGAGUAGUGCCGAUGAGGCUGCUUCAAGGAGUGCGGCACAGACGACUGUCAUCGUAGUCACACAGACCAGUUUGAGCGUCGGCACCGUCACGGCAUCGGCGGUGACUACGCCCGCGACGUCCUCGAUGACCCCUGCAGCCACCCCUGCAGCUGCUUCUUCAACAACCACGCGGUCAAUCGUCCCCACAACCACCAGCAGUUCGUCUCGUCUCCCUCCUUCUGCUACCUCUUCUGCAAUCAUCAUCUCAUCAUCCCCCCCUUCGGCCACAGCGACCACCACUUCCGCAGCCCCUUCCACCACUACUCCCAGCUCGGCCGCCGCUCCGACUACCACACCCUUGGUGACAAGCGCAACAACAUCGACAACGAUUCCUAUAACAACGACGCCAGCGGCAGUCGUAACCACGACUCCGGCCGCAACUACGACUCCGGCGGCGGCAAUCACUACCACCGGGCCUGCUCUGACAACGACCAGCGGUCAAAUCGUGCCCACGUACGUCACUUGUACGCGUUCGCAGUCGCAUGCAAACGCGGAGCGUCACAGUCCUGCGCGACUGAGCAUUCCUCGUCCUUCCUUCCCCACAGUGCGGCUGCUGGAGACAACACCACCACAGUGCAGCAGAGCUCUACGUAAAGCCGGAUCUUGGGUUUCGCUUAUUUGUUGA